AGAGCGCAAAUGUAAACAAUCCAGUGCCAAGAGACGAUGAGUUCAAACGAUCCAACAAAUUUGAAGAAUGUCCUCAAUGCUUUACAAAACAGCAGUAAAUUGAAACACUGGGAUAAACCACCAAGAGAUUAUGGACCUGAUAAUCCUGAGGAUUCAGAUUACAACACAAAUGGCCUCAAGUGGGUGGGAGACAUGUCCAAGAUCACCCUUUCUCCAGGGUUUUCUUUUGGGGCUGACUCAGGAGGUGAGACCGAGAGUGAUGAAGCUCCGGACAGCGACAAAGAGGACGAAACUGACUCCCAGGAGGAAUCAAACAUCAGUCCCAGCCUACAGUGGAUAGACCCAAAGGAGGAGCUAGACGAUGAGGCCACAUGCGAAGCUCUCGUCACCAGCCGAAAGGCCCUGUAUGCAAGGCAACUCAUAGAGAAAAUGGAGGAGAUGAAACUAGAAGAAGAGAUUCAACAGAAUGUCAAGAGGAAAUGCAAAGAUAAGUACAAUGAGUACAUGAGGCAGUUGGAAAACAUCUAUAAGAAUGCAGAAGUGCAGAAGAAAGAGUACUUUGACCAACGCAACAAAAGCCUGGAAUUGGAGGAAACCCAGCUCCGACGUCGAGAGGAAGAUGACGCCAAAAUCAUAAAGAAACAAGAAGAGGAAUACAGCCAUUACAUAGCACAAGAAUCACGGAAGCUGCUGGCGAUAGUAGAGGAAGCGCAGAGAAAGGAAGCUGAGCAGGCCAGCCAGAGACGAGCUCUCUUGAACCAGCUCCAGAAUUCCAAGGGCUCCUUUGCCACCAAGAUUUUAGAGAUGAAUCAACAGUUGAAUGAUCUCCAAGACAGAAAAUAUUUGGAGCCCUCUACUGAGAGCUUCCUCAAUGAAACAUUAACACAUGUCUCGGAAGUGAUAGACGGAGCAGAGCAGGAAGUCGUAGGCCAACCUCAACUGCAACUGGCACAGCAGAAACUCCAGGACGCCAUUGUUUGCAUAGACAAUCUUNUCGAUGCUUUAAUGUUGAGUUUGAAGAGGGCGAGUAAGGUGCUCUCGCUUCCGACCCGUCUUCGACGCAGAAAUAAAGGCAUAUCUGCUCUAUAUUCAGCGUGGCAUGAUGAUGAAGCUUUUUUGAAAUUCAGGAAAAUGGAGAGAACUUCAGCGAUGCAAAACGGCCGGGGCAUCGAACACCGAGCUGCGGAUCCGUCACAGAUGGAAUGA